AGAAACCUACGGGAAGUUGUCGUGCUACAUUUAUUUGAAGUGAACCCACCAAAAAAGAAGCUUGGGACAAGUUUUGACUCAUUUCGGCGAGUGGCUCAUACCCCUAAAAACCAGCAAGCAAGCACGACUUCGCCUUGCAGGUUAAGGAAUACAUGUAAGUAAGGGCCCGAGCUGCAAAUGAAUUAUUAUUCGAUAUUAGAUACGAAUAGGCCAAUACCAAAACUGAGUUUUCGAGUUACAUCAUACGAAAUAUCGUCAGCAAGAAAACCAAACAACUUGACAACUACAAAAUAGGGUCUUAUUCUGAGUCAAUCCAUAAUAAACAUCUACUCCUUUAUUCUUACAGCAAGAUCACAUGCUUAUUCGUAUCUAACAAAGCCACCCACACAAUCGAAUCGUAUUCUUAUUCCGAGAGGAGAUCUGAACUACCCCAGUUUCGCGCGGAGAAAAUGCAACCCUACACGAGAUGUGGAGGAGAUAUAUCACAUAACCUAGGAGGUAGGUAGUAUUGGGGAAAUGAUGCCGUCUUAUGAUGCACAAGUCGCAUGGUUCCUGGCUCUAGCAGGCAUUUGGAUCAUACCAUAUAAACGAGAUAUAAAUUAGGUCUCUAUGCAUGCGUGCGCGUGUAAAUAAAAAACCAAUGUAAAUAUCCAACGACUUCCCACGAUAACUUCAUUUUACCCUGACACCAAAACAUUAUAAUCCACAAUGCGCCCCCUAACCCCCCUGCUCCUAACCCUCGCCGCCACCAGCGCGCGCGCAAUCGACUACUCCUCCCUCCACUGCCCCACGGACCCAACCAGCACCCUCGAAACACCCACCUACGGCACCUCCGGCGCAAUCUUCACCAUCUGUUCCGAACUCCUAAUCAACGCCCCCCCGAUAUCCGCCUACAGCGCCAUUCUAGACUUCAACUCCUACCCCCUCUGGAACACCUUCAUAAUCUCCGUCGGCCUGCCCUCCAACGUAACCACCACACCGGGCGAUAUAUACAUCUCCAUGCCCAUGAGCUUCAUCUCCAACGGCCUAAUCUCCGGUAUCAACACCACAAGCACGGAAGUAAUAAGCCUAUUCGACGCCACGGGAACAGAUGGGUAUUUAGUCAAUGCAUGGCACUACGACGACGGUUUCGGCGGGAUCGGAGCGCGUGCCGAGCAUCCGAAUGUAUUCGUUGAUUUAGGGAACGGGUCCACGCGGUACUUGUCGUAUGAAACUUAUUAUGCGGGUUUGACGACGGGUACGAUAGGCUUGUUGAGGGAGCAGUUGCAGCAUGAGUGGGAUGUGCAGGCGCAGGAUUUGAAGGCUUAUGUUGAGGGGAAGUAUUAACUGUAUUCAUUAUCUACUGCCUAUAGUUCCCGCAAAUAAUGAUACUACG